AUGUUUGAGAAUUUAAAAGCUUUUAUUAGACACGGAAAACAGGCUAAUGACAUGAAAAAGAAGGGCUUGCCCACAACUGCUACUUCGCCAUACGACAGCAAUAACAACAUUGGGCAAUACCAGUCUACAGGAACUUAUUCAACAUUGGAGAACCCAUUUGGCUCAGAGUAUCAGGUUAUUGACUCCUACAACCCAUCCGACAAGCAAUACCAACAAUACCAACAACAAUACGAACAACAGUUGCAACAACAAGAACAACAACAAGAACAACAAGAACAGAAAGAUCAGCAAUUUGCUCAGCAAAUGGGCCAAACAUCCCUUGAUCAACAACAACAACAGCAACAACAAAAUGGUUUAUACAGCAACUACGGAGCAGGAUACUCUGACAUUACUUUAAAUGAUCCAUCUCUGCAACAACAACAGCAACAGCAACAACAGCAACAGCAAGAUCUCCACAAUAAAGUUGCCACCCAAAUGGUUGAAGAGGAGAAUUUGCAGAAAUCCAAAUCAAAAAAGUACCCCAAUUUGGAACGAUAUCAAGUACUUGAACAAAUGGGUGAAGGUGCUUUUUCCGUUGUGUACAAGGCCAUACACUUACCUACCGGUAAAGAAGUUGCCAUCAAGAUUUUGCGUAAAUUCCAAAUGGAUCAACAACAAAAACAAUCUGUCUUGAAGGAAGUAACCAUUAUGAGACAAUUGAAACACCCUAAUAUUGUUCGCUUUAUUGAGUUCAUAGACUCACCCAUUUAUUACUACAUUGUCCAGGAAUUGGCUUCUGGUGGUGAGAUUUUCACCCUGAUUGUUAAGUACACAUACCUCUCAGAGGACUUGUCGAGAUGGAUCAUUACUCAAGUUGCACAAGCGAUUAGGUAUUUGCACGAAGAGGUUGGUAUCGUGCAUCGUGAUAUCAAGCCCGAAAAUUUACUAUUUGAGCCGAUUGAAUUUAAACCAAGUGUUAACCCAGUGGCCAAAUUGAGAAAAAGCGAUGAUCCAAACACCAAAGCGGACGAGGGUGAUUUCACAGAUGGAGUAGGAGGAGGCGGUAUUGGAGUUGUCAAGUUGGCAGAUUUUGGAUUAUCCAAACAGAUAUGGGAACACAAUACAAAGACUCCUUGUGGUACUGUUGGCUAUACCGCUCCCGAGAUUGUUAGAGAUGAACGUUAUUCGAAAGAAGUUGAUAUGUGGGCAAUGGGAUGUGUUCUCUACACCUUGCUUUGUGGGUUUCCACCAUUUUAUGACGAAAAAAUUGAAACGCUUACGGAAAAAGUUGCCAAGGGCCAAUUCACUUUUUUGCAACCAUGGUGGGACGAAAUCAGCGAUGGUGCUAAAAAUUGUGUAAGCAACUUGUUAACAGUUGACCCUAAAAAAAGGUAUACUAUUGACGACUUGCUUCAGGACUCAUGGAUCAAGCAACAACCUAAAUCAGCCUCAUCAUCAUCUACCGCAUUUAAUGCCCCUGUUGAAUCCAGUGCUGGAGCACACCCUAUUCAAUCACACAAUCAAGACCCCAGUGCAGGAAAGAAAUACUCCAAAAAGUUUAAAGCACAAAAUCCAACACAUCAUGAUCUUUACUCUCCUGCAGCUAUUGCAUUGAGAGAUGCAUUUGACAUUUCCACCGCAGUACAUCGUAUGGAGGAAGAGGCUGCAUUAUCGAACAAGAAUGGCGGCAUUGAGGAUUUGAUUGAAGAAGAGGAAGAAGAAGAAGAAGAAGAUGUUAGUCAUAGUGGCAGAGUGUUGCAGCACCACAAGAGGAGUCCCGAAAGCCAAAGAAUCAGAGAGAGAAAUCACCAGCAAGGCGGAUCUUCUAGAAUUCCUAGAUCAAACGGCAACAGUACUAAUGCAAGAAGCCAUAUAAAGAUGAACCAAAAUGCAUUUGACUUGAAUCUUGGCGGAGCUUCAAUCCUUGAGAGGAGGAAAAAUAAAUUUAUACCCAUCCAGUCUAGCUAG